CCGGCCUUCCCCAAUCUCCAUUCCUCAUAAACAUCAACAUCUCGUGCAGUUGCCCUCACCUUUUCGACUACCACCGAAUUCAGAGAUACCCGGCCAACAUGCGUUCCGCAACCAUUCUCUCGGCCUUGAUGGCCGCUCUCCUUGGACUUGUUCCAGCCCAAUCCACAGAUGUCCCAGUUACGGGAAUUCUUGGCAACGCUUCCAUUGUCGAGAACAACCCCCCAGGAAUUAUCUACACUGCUACCUUCCCCACCACCCAGUUCUUCAACCCCAAUGAUCCCCGUGGCAACGUCAAGGGCUCAGUCUCUGCUGUCGCCAACAGCAAUGGCAUCGGUGUCGCUUUCAGCGUGGACUUCAGCAACUUCCCUACCAGCGGUGGCCCGUUCGUUUACCACCUCCACGCAUUCCCAGUCAGUGCUGAUGGGAACUGCACGAACACCCAGGCCCAUCUUGACCCAUAUGAGCGUGGCGAGACACCUACCUGUGACAGCAAACUCCCCCAGACCUGCCAAGUUGGUGACCUCUCUGGAAAGCACGGCAAGAUCAAUACCACCGAAGUUGGCGAUCAUUACACCGCGAACUACGUUGACAACUACCCAUCCACCUUCCCUGGCAUUGGCUCCUUCUUCGGGAACCGAUCCCUCGUCAUCCACUUUGCGAACAAGACCCGGAUCACCUGCGCAAACUUCACUAUGGCAGGCAAAUCUGUGGGGGGCACCGGUCAGAAUGCAACCUAUACAGCUAGUCCAACAACUAGUGCACCAGCGCAAUUUACUGGCGAUGGAACUCGCAAUGCGGUUUCGAUGCUAACUCUAUUGACAAUUACAGGCCUGGCCUUUUUCUGGUGAGGGAUCGACAUAAUAUGGGGAGGCAAUACAGGGCAGAUAUGGGGAUGUUGAGGAUGAAUUAAUGAUAUUGGGGAGGAUGAGUGGACGACGUCAGUAUAAAAUGGGUGGUUAUUGAUGCAUGCAAGGAGAGACAUUGUAAUUCUAGAUGAUACACGGGCGCGAAGAUACCAAGAAUCGAACGAAGAGACUUUCAAAUUUCAAUCAAGGCUCUACUGAAC